GCUAGCUUCCCGUGCUCAACCUCUUCACUCGACGCCCGCGGCGCAUGAGAUCUAACAUCUUUACAACAAUCGAAUUCUCCAUGCUUGCAAAGUCUAAAAACAUUCGUUACCUAUUUCGAUUCUCCUUUACAUCUUGUCGCAUGGAAAACCGCGACCUCUAGCCCUCAUUCGGCCAUAUCAGCUGGUCAGUCGAUUUCCAUCCCUCACGGGUGGAGGCCAUCAUCAUGUUUUCCGCCUUCGCGUCUACGACAGACACAAAUACACUCGAUGACGACUCCGAUAUGUUCGACCAGUCUCACAAUGACUUUCUGUCGCUACCAAUAUCGCAUGAAAGCGUACAUCUGAAGGGUGGCAUCGCUCCCAUGCCUGGGCUUAGUAACAUUGGCUAUGGCAGAGAAUCGGCGACAUCGUCCGUGCACUAUGGCGACGCCAACGACACAUUGGAGGUCAAUCAUCAAAGCGGCAGAGACGAGAGAGAAGACUCUACGCCUGGUGCUUUCAUGAACACAUAUGGCCUCAAUCUCACACCUUCGCCACUACCAUAUCCAAAUACGCCACACUCAACGGUGGAGAAUGGGUCACACGGCGUCAACGGAGUUAACUCGAAUCAAAAUGGCAAUGCAAUCUUCAAAGCUAGCGAUGAAAACGUCUCUCAGCGAGAUGGUUUGUCAAAACUGAAAGAUGCUUCUCUCAAGCACAACUUCAUGACCAGAACGCCACAAAGCUUGAGCCGCGAAUCUCAACCAUCAUCGACACCUGAGCUCCUGCAAUCCUACGAGCGCCCUACGAAGCAGCGACUAGCUAGCAAGCUGAAAGGCAAGACAACCGAGCUGAAAGCGAACUCAAGCAUACCCGCAGAACUCUCGUGGCCAGAAUUUGGGAGACAAUGCAUUCUGGCAGCAGAAAGUAGCAGACUCAACCCAUUUGCUUUGCACCCAGCGGAGUACAGACUGCUACGGAAUCACAUCAAUCAUGCACAGGUCACCAUCUACCUCAAUAUCCGCAACGCAAUCUUGAGACUAUGGCAUCGCAACCCUUUGGUCUAUGUUUCAUUCGAUGAAGCUGCAGGCUGCACUCGAGAUAAGCGCUUCUUUGGUCUGGCAAAGGUGGCAUAUCUGUGGCUCCUCAGAAAUGGGUACAUCAACUUCGGUUGUAUUGAAGUACCUGACACGGCACCAGCGAUAGCGAGGAGGAAAGCAAAGGAUACCCCACAGCGCACGAUUGUCGUGGUCGGUGCUGGAAUGUCAGGCCUUGGUUGUGCCCGGCAACUGCAAGCGCUGUUCGCACAGUUGGCAGACCAACCCACCAACAGCGAAGAACGACCACCGAAAAUAAUCAUUCUCGAAGCUCGCCCACGCGUUGGUGGUAGAGUCUACUCUCACCCUUUUCUCAACCAAACUAACUCCACCCUCCCUCCGGGGCACCGCUGUACAGCUGAAAUGGGCGCACAGAUUGUCACAGGGUUCGAACAUGGCAACCCUCUGAAUGCCAUCAUUCGCGGGCAGCUCGGUAUACCUUACCACGGUCUUCGCGACAACACAAUACUCUACGAUUACGACGGCACAGUCGUAGACAGAGGUCAGGAUAUGCUGGUUGAAAAGCUGUACAAUGACGUCUUGGAGCGAGCAAGCGUCUAUCGAAACAAGGCAGCAGCACAACGCAUCGUAGAGGGUGACCGAAAUCUUAUACUAUUCGGGCGUGAUGCCAACGAUAAUGGGGGACCAACGAUUGCGGAGUUGGAAAAUUCGGAUACGCCUUUGUCUGUGAACGCGAAGAGCACGGCAUCGACAACUGAAGAGAAGCCCACAACUGGAGUGGAGAAAUUAGCUGGCAGAGCCUACCAGCUUAGCGCUGGUUUCAACCCAAAUAUCACAGCGGCCGAGGCGAUACAGACUCUGGGUUGGAAGGUCGAAACAGGAGUGUCAAUGUCGCAGACUGUCGAUUUGGACGCAAUUGCAAAGACGUCAGAGUUUCCCACACUGGGUCAGACUAUGGACGAGGGCAUCAAGCAAUACCAAGCGAUUGUCGACAUGAAACCCAGAGACAUGCGCUUGCUGAGCUGGCACCAUGCCAACCUCGAAUACGCCAAUGCAGUCAGUGUCAACAAACUCAGUCUGAGUGGCUGGGAUCAAGACAUGGGCAAUGAGUUCGAAGGUGAGCAUUCAGAGGUCAUCGGAGGUUACCAGCAGGUGCCACGAGGGCUGUGGAAGUGUCCGAGCCAACUGGACGUUCGUUUCAAUACGCCGAUCAAGUUAGUCUGCUACAACACCGAGGAACAACAGACCGGGAAAGCUGUCAUCAUCGAAUGUUCGAACGGACAGUCCUUCGAGGCUGACCGAGUUAUCUUGACAACACCUUUAGGGGUGUUGAAGUCGGGGUCCAUAACAUUUCAACCGCCACUUCCAGACUGGAAACAGGGUGUGAUUGAGCGCAUGGGCUUCGGAUUACUCAACAAGAUUAUCUUGGUCUACGAGAAAGCCUUCUGGGAACCCGACCGCGAUAUGUUUGGCCUCUUGAAUGAAGCCGAGCACCAAGCCAGCCUUCGACCUGAAGACUACAACGCACGGCGAGGACGGUUCUAUCUAUUCUGGAACUGUAUCAAGACCAGCGGCAAGCCAACGCUCGUUGCACUGAUGGCCGGCGAUGCUGCUCACUACGCUGAGGCAACGUCAAACGACCAGCUGGUCAAAGAAGUCACAGAUCGACUCGACUCGAUGUUCGCGCCGAACCCCGUCCCACUACCCACCGAGACCAUUGUCACGAGAUGGAGCAAGGAUCCUUUCGCUCGCGGCAGCUAUUCGUACGUUGGCGCAAAGACACAAACAGGCGAUUACGAUGUCAUGGCUCGACCUCACGGCCCACUGCACUUCGCAGGAGAAGCGACUUGCGGAACUCACCCUGCCACAGUCCACGGCGCAUAUUUGUCAGGCCUCCGAGUUGCCGCCGAAGUAUACGAGACAAUGACUGGACCUAUCGAGAUUCCCAGUCCAUUGGUGGAGAAGAAGAUUAAGCUCGAGCAUCCUGCAACCCCCUCUUUGGCGGACUUCAAACCAGGAUUUGCACCUGCAGUGGUGCCGACUCAGACAACCAAGACAGCACGAGCUCAACGAGACGAGGACUAUGAGGCUGCCAUUAUUGGCGCUAUCCUGGAGGAGAUCGGCGAGCGACCGAUAAAACCAGGACGCUCAGGAGUGAACCCGUUCUUGCUGUUCACCAAGGACUACUGGUACAUUGUCAAGAAAGAGUGCGACGACGCCCGUGUAGCCGCUACCGGAAACUCAGAAGCGAAGGCCUCCAAGCAGGAGGUUCGGAUUGCUAUCGGUCUUAAGUGGCGGACAGCAGGCGAAGGUACCAAGAAGCCAUACCAAGAUCAGGCUGACAAUGCACGAGAGAGCGCGACCUCAAAUGCAGCAAGUUUCAAGGAACGGGUUGCCCACUGGGACAGCGAGGCUGCGCGCAUACGACAAGAGUACAUUCAGAACAACCCUCCGCCUGGCGGCAACGAGGAUUUGAUACUCAACAGUCGUACGGCCAUUGAGCUCGGGGCCAGUAAGCGACUUCGACGGAUGUAAAACAGCCCCUAUCUUCCAUUUUACUUUCUGUUGUAUCAACAUGUACAUGUAUUUGCAUUCGACUGCGCGGCACUAGCAUUUCAAGGGCGUUCGCGGGAGCUCCAAGCCUGAGGCAAGCUCGUCUGAGGAUCUGGGGAUCGAAGCCAGGCGGCUAAAUGGUCGGAUGGCUUGUGGGAGGGUUAGUUCAUUUGCGCCAUUUUGUGUUUGUGGCGUCCAACAGCUGAGCAGGCGGAGGAACAAUGCCCGUUCAAAAACCAACGCCUAUUUGGCCGGCACUGCUCGCGAGUAAGACAAUAAU